GUGCAGCUGAGUCCAGUCGCAGGGGAACGUGGGGCCGGUUCGAUUGAAUGUGCAGGAAACCUUGAUCGAGGAUCCACUGCGAUAGCGAUCUGCACAUGCCUGCCACAUGCCGCAGGUGUAGUUGAGAAAUCAUCAUCAUCGAGAGGGGCCGAGACCGUCUGUCUGAGUGAUAUGGUGCAGAUGUAAUGGGCGAUUUUCAUCUCGAGGGAGAGCGAGAGUGAGGAGAAGUCUUCUCUCGUGUUCGUCGGUCGGUAUCGCGUGAUGGCGACGAAGAAUAUAUCUUGGGCCCCUGAUACCGGAUUACCUUUGCCCGGUAAGAAAUUGAAAGCGGCUGCGAGUAGUAGUUCACAGCAGCCGCCUUCUCUGUGGUCGAAGGAUAAGGAGUUACAGGAUGGUCUGUACGUCCCUCCUGCCGAUUUGAAGAAGCAGCACACUCUUCGGAAGAAAACUGUGAAGGACACUGCUGGCGCGAAAUGGUUUGACAUGCCUGCUGUCUCCCUCACUCCGGAGAUGAAGAGGGAAAUUCAGUUGCUGAAGAUGCGUAAUGUGUUAGACCCUAAGCGACACUACAAGGCGAACGACUCCAAGGAAAUUCCCAAGUACUUUCAAAUUGGAACCGUGGUAGAGGGAGCUGCGGACUUCUACUCAGGACGAUUGACGAAGAAGGAGCGUAAGAUGUCAUUCGCAGAUGAACUGCUCACUGAUUCUUCUCUCAAAGCAUAUACUAAGAGGAAGUAUUCCGAGAUUCAGGAGAAACAUCAAGAUGGUGGGAAGAAAUUUUGGAAGAAAAAGGUCGAGAAACGGAAGCCUGUAUGGGCUAGAUCUUAGUCAACUAGGACAGAGUUCUCGUUUUCAUCCCUUCAAUUUUGACCCGAUUGUAACAUAUUAGUAAAAAAAAUGAGUUCUGUACACCGCAGCUGAUUACUGGCACCUACAACCAUGAGUUUGAGUAUUACACACUGAGCAGCCUUCGUCAGUCCGACCCGUCAGCUAUAUGGGGGUUUCUAUAUUGGCUGAUGUUUGCGGGAGGAAGAUGAAGGAUUUGAUUUGAUUUGAUCUAUCCUUUAGAUGGCUCAGUGGUUCGGAUUCAAAUGCAUUGUUAACAUUGCUGUCUGUUAAAUUUAGAUUUUCUGUUAUCAAUGCCUCUAGUUCCAAUCCUUGUGGUCUCUUCGAACCUGACCGAGAAUUCAUUGAUAUACUCCACAUGUGAGUGUUGUUGUAAACGGUACGAUAAAAUAUGAACAUCCGCCGUCCAUUACCUAUCGUAUCUUUUCAACAGUU